AUGGACCCCCAAAAUGCUGAUUUCGUGUCGGAAGAUAAUGUGGGCAAUGGCAACUCCGUGUUGAAGCUCAUAGAUGAAGUUGAAAAUGUUGAGACACCUAAAAAAGGAAUGGCAUUUAGCACCAUAAACAAACUUAAUAUUUACUAUAGGAGUUAUGCGAAGAAAGAGGAUUUUGGGGUGGUACAAAAGAGGAUUAAAAAGGAUGAAAAAGGGCAUGCACAUUACCUUACUCUAGGAUGUGCUCGUCAUGGAAGUAGAAAACCCAGCUCAAGUAAUAGUUUUUGUAAGCCUAGUCAAUCAAUCAGAACAGGGUGUAAGGCCAAUUUUAAUGCGAAGUUAGUUGAUACAAAAUGCGGGUAUGAGAAUCUUGCAUUUGGAGAAAAAGAUUGUCGUAAUUUUAUUGCCAAGUCAAGACGUCUACGCCUAGGCACAGGAGGUGCCGAAGCACUUUGUGGCUAUUUUAGUAGAAUGCAAGAAGUAAAUGAUGGUUUCUACUUUGAGAUGGAUUUGGAUGAUGAAUGUAGGUUGAGAAAUGUGUUUUGGGCUGAUGCACGAAGUAGGGCAUCGUAUGAAGAUUUUGAGGAUGUCAUUACAUUUGACACAACUUAUUUGACUAAUAGGUACGAAAUGCCAUUUGCUCCUUUUGUGGGAGUAAAUCAUCAUGGGCAGUCAAUACUCUUUGGGGCAGCUUUAAUACCAAGUGAGAAUACAGAGACAUUUGCAUGGUUGUUUGAGACUUGGUUGAAAUGCAUGAACGGUCGAUCGCCAAUGGCAAUUAUAAUAGAUCAAGAUAGGGCUAUGAAAAAUGCAAUCAAUAUAGUUUUCCCAAAUGCUCGACAUCGAUUUUGUUUAUGGCAUAUAUUGAAAAAAAUUCCUGAUAAAUUUGGAUCACAUUCACAGUACCAUGCUGUUAAGAGUUCCCUAAGAAGUUGUGUAUACGAUUCUCAGACAUGUGAUGAGUUUGACUCAAGUUGGCAAAGUUUACUGGAGUGUUAUAGGUUGGAGGAUAAUGCGUGGCUGUGUAGCUUAUAUAGUGAGCGGACAUUUUGGGUACCAACAUAUUUGAAAGGUGUAUUUUGGGUCGGCAUGACUACCACACAAUGUAGUGAAAAUAUGAAUGCAUUUUUUGAUGGUUACAUGUAUUCGUCGACCACAUUGAAGGAAUUUGUGGAUCAAUACGAUAAUGCUUUGUGUAAGAAAGUUGAGAAUGAGAGUGUUGCUGAUUUCCAUUCUUUUAAUGUCACGAUUUCAUGUGUAAGCAGGUUUUCUUUGGAGAAGCAAUUUCAGCAACUUUACACCCAUGCAAAGGUCAAAGAAGUGCAAGAGGAGAUUAGGGAGGUGUUUUAUUGUACUAGCUUGCUUCUAAAAAUUGAAGGUGAAAUUAGUACUUAUCAAGUGACUGAACGAGUAGAAAUGAAUGAUGCCUACACAAAAAAAGUAUGCUUUAAUGUUUACUAUAACGAAGCUUCAUGUGAAGUGAACUGCAAUUGUUGCUAUUUUGAAUCAAGAGGAAUUUUGUGUAGACAUGCAAUAUGUAUAUUGACCACACUUGAUGUUACAGUAUUGCCAGAAAAAUACAUUCUCAACCGAUGGAGGAAGGACUUGAAUCGAAAACAUCAAUUUAUCAAAAGUAGUUAUGAUUCCUUGAUUGGCAACCUUACUGCAGAACGUUAUUCCGACCUAUGCAAAGAUAUGUUUGAGUUAGCAUCAAUUAGAGCGACAACCGUGGACAAUUACACGAUAGUGAAAAAUCAUGUUUCAGAGUGUUAUAAGAAAUUAAGUGGACCAAGGAGUGAGCAAAUUCCACCUUCCCAAUCACUCCCAGAUGCAUCUAUUAUCGGUAAUGUGUCCAGUGAUAUGGCAGUGGAAAGUCAAAACGUACUUAAUCCUUAUGUGGUUUGUACUAAAGGGAAGCGAGCAUCAAAAAGGAAAGUUUCUGAAGUUGCAAAAAGUGGUGGUGAGGAAGUCAGAAGGAAUAAAGAAUCAACCGGGUGA